AUGGGAACCAGUGAUACCCGUGACCCAGAGAGGAAGAAGUGGGAUAUAUCCCCUCUGACGGGGAUCCCAGAGGAGCAUGUGAAAACCCGAAAGGUUCACAUCUUUGUUCCCGCCAAAACGUCCAUGCAGUCUGGGAUCAACAGCACUAAGAAGUGGAAGAUGGACUUCGACACCAGAGAGCGGUGGGAGAAUCCGCUGAUGGGCUGGUGCUCAACGGCGGAUCCUUUAUCCAACAUUUUGCUUACAUUCUCCUCUAAAGAAACUGCAGUUGCUUUUGCUGAAAAACAUGGUUGGAGCUAUGAAGUCACAGAGAAGAGGACCUCAAAGCCCCGAGUGAAAUCCUACGGAGCAAACUUCUCCUGGAAUAAGAGGACCAGGAGGUCCGCUAAGUAAACUGAAGACCCAUCUGUUAGCUGGUGAGACCUGCGAGUGUCCCACAGCAGACUUGUAUCAUCCUUGUCAAUAAAUGCAUAAUUAUAUAUACAAAAGCUAAA